AUGGCUUACAAUCUUCAACCUCUCAUCACCAUUCUUGAAGGAAUCCUUGAUCCUCGCCAAUCACGAUGGAUCGUUGAUGAAAACAACCCUCAACUCCAAUCCCUUCUCCAUAAAGCUACUUCUCUUCAAAAGCUCAUCCUUGAUAGUAAAUCUUCACUCACCAAUCUAGACACCCAAAUAAGAGAAGUAGCACACCAAGCUGAAGACAUCAUUGAAUCCCACAUGGUUCAUCAUAUGCUCUCCGGAUCGGAUUCUCAUCAAGCGGAGAAGCUCAUGGAGAUGGAGGAUAAGAAGAUGCUUCGAGAACUUGAUUCUGCAACGGAACAAGCGAAGCUGGUGGAUAAGAAGAUGCCGUCUAGCAGUUCAUCAUCCAGUGGUGUGGUGGGAAUUGAUGCAGAUCUGAUGCAGCUCAAGGAUCGGCUGGCCGGGAUGCAGACAAAGCUGGAGAUCGUCCCCAUCGUUGAAUUUGAUAAACAUAAGGGCAAGGGAAUACAUGAGUUAAAAGAUAUAUUGUAUAAGAGCUUAUAUGGUAGAAAGUACUUGAUUGUACUAGAUGAUAUAUGGAGCACCAAAUUCUGGGAUGAGAUGAGGAUGUACUUCCCAGUCAUCAACAACGGGAGUCGCAUUCUGAUCACCACUAGGGAAUCCGAUGUGGUGAACUAUACUGACUCUUCGAGAUCACAACAUCAAAUGCAACUGCUUAGCGAGUCUGAAAGUUGGAAUCUGCUCCACCAACUUGUGUUUGGAGAAGAGGAGUGCCCUCCUGAAUUACAAGAGAUUGGUCAAAAGAUAGCCAAGGAUUGCGAUGGGCUUCCUCUAGCCAUAAGUGUGAUUGGAGGGCUGCUAUCUAAGAUGGAAAGAUCAGAAGAUGCUUGGAGGAAAAUUGGGGACAAUGUAAUUGCAGCAAUUUCUGAAUCUGACGAGCGAUGCUAUAGUAUAUUGUCUUUAAGUUAUGACCAUUUGCCGAAUCACUUGAAACCAUGUUUCUUAUACAUGGGAGCUUACCCCGAAGACUUUGAGAUUAAAGGCUCCAAACUCAUACUUUUGUGGGUUGCAGAAGGAUUUGUAAAAUCAAAUGGGGAAAGAAGUUUGGAGGAAGAGGCCGAGGAUUGGCUAAAGUCUCUAAUAGAUAGAAAUCUAUUUCAAGUCAGAAAAUACGAAAGGGAUGGAAAUGCAAAGAGUUACAGCAUGCAUGAUCUGUUGAGGGUUAUAUGCAUCAGGAAAUGUAGUGAAGAAGAGUUUAUGAAUGGUCCCAACAAGUUCACAUUCCCUAAUCCACGCCGCAUGAGUUUUCACACAUCAGACGAAUUGGAAGAUGUUAAUGAUUCAACAGAGUCAAUGUCACUAACUCGAUCUCUUAUAUGCAUUGGUUUUCAGAGGGCUGAGUUUCCACUUGGUGCUUUUUCCGCGGCAAGAUUGCUAAGGGUGUUGGACUUAAUGGAUACGCGUUUCGAUAGUUUUCCAACUGAAAUAUUUGAACUUAUCAACCUGCGGUUUGAUGAGGCAGCUGAGCUAUGGAAGCUCUGUGAGUUAAGAUACCUGACGGUGGAUGGAAUUGAGUUGUUAAAAGAUGAGGAAAUGAACUAUAGUGUCCUGUUGAAGCUGCAAAGUAUUGUGACAGUAAAUGUAGAUCUGUAUGACUGUGAAUUGAAUUUCGGAGCGUGGAGGAGUCUGUGUGCACUAAAUAAGCUGGAGGUGUUCACGUUCACUUGCUGUAAUUUUAAAAGCAAGGAGGAGACAAAUGGAGAUGAGUCUGAAAGCGAGGAUACAUAUACAUGGGAUGAAGAAUGGGAGUUAGAAGAUGGAGAUGUGUUCCCCUCACUGCACUUUCUAACUCUUAAACUUUUGUAUUCUCUUCCGUUUUGGACAGCUGACAAGACCAACUUCCCUAGACUCCGCCAACUCCGUGUAGCUGGCUGCUGCGAUCUAUAUGAAAUCCCAAGCGGCAUUGGAGAGAUCCCAACACUUGAAUUAAUUGAGUUGGUAGAUUGCACCAAAUCCACAGUCGCCUCGGCAAAAAGGAUCAUCAACGAGCAAUCUGGAAAUGGAAACAACCAUCUCAAACUCUACAUCGAUAACCGGAUCGAGCUCGGAAGCUAA